GGUGGGUUUGCCUGUCUAUUGGGUGCCCUAAGGUGCUAGAAAGGCCGCAAGAAGGGUGCUCUGAAACCAAACAAACAAUCCGCAGAGAGAAAAAUGGCAGGAGAAGAAGGGCCUUCGUCACCGGAGUCGCCGACCUCCGCAGGGUUCAACAGCGAUCAGCUUCCUUUCACCAGCCGCACCUCUGAGAACUUCACCGACGAUGAUGACGAAGCCGCCGUCGAUCCCGAGAUCAUCCGCGACGAGCCCGAAGAGGUCGAGGAGGAGGACGACGGAGAGGAUCUUUUCAACGACGCUUUCUUGGACGACUAUCGGAGGAUGAAUGAGCAGGAUCAGUACGAGUCGGUGGGGCUGGAUGACUCUCUGGAGGACGAGAGGGAUUUGGAUCAGAUCUUGCAGGAUCGCAGGGCUGCCGAAUUAGAGCUUCAGGCCCGCGACGGCCGCGUCAACACCAACCGCAAGCUUCCUCAGCUUCUCCAUGACCAAGACACAGAUGAUGACAACUACAGGCCGUCCAAGAGGGCGAGAGCUGAUUUCAGGCCACCUGCUGGGCCAAGAAGUCAUGAUGACACUGAUGGAAUGCAAAGCUCACCAGGAAGGUCACAGCGGGGACACUCGAGAGAGGAUGUGCCCAUGACUGAUCAGACCGAUGAUGAUCCAUAUGAGGAUGAAGAUGAUGAUGAAGGCGAAUUUGAGAUGUAUCGUGUCCAGGGAACGCUGAGAGAGUGGGUUACUAGGGAUGAAGUGCGCCGGUUUAUAGGGAAGAAGUUCAAGGAUUUUCUACUGACAUAUGUGAAUCCAAAAAAUGAUCAUGGUGACUUUGAAUAUGUACGGCUAAUAAAUGAGAUGGUAUCAGCUAAUAAGUGUAGCUUGGAGAUUGAUUACAAACAGUUCAUCUACAUCCAUCCCAAUAUUGCCAUCUGGCUGGCUGAUGCCCCUCAAUCUGUCCUUGAAGUCAUGGAAGAUGUUGCCAAGGGUGUUGUCUUUGAUUUACAUCCAAACUACAAAAAUAUCCAUCAGAAGAUCUAUGUCCGCAUUACCAACUUACCUGUUUACGAUCAGAUUCGUAAUAUUAGGCAAAUCCAUUUGAAUACCAUGAUUCGCAUCGGGGGUGUUGUGACCCGUCGCUCUGGGGUCUUCCCCCAAUUGCAACAGGUAAAGUAUGAUUGCAACAAAUGUGGGACUACUUUGGGGCCAUUCUUUCAGAAUUCAUAUUCAGAGGUGAAGGUUGGUUCUUGCCCAGAAUGCCAAUCAAAAGGCCCGUUCACUGUCAAUAUUGAGCAGACAAUAUACAGGAAUUACCAAAAGCUUACGCUCCAAGAGAGCCCUGGAAUCGUGCCUGCAGGUCGGCUUCCUAGAUACAAGGAAGUGAUACUGUUGAAUGACCUAAUUGAUUGUGCCCGCCCUGGGGAAGAAAUUGAGGUCACAGGCAUUUACACAAAUAAUUUUGACUUAUCUUUGAAUACAAAGAAUGGGUUUCCUGUAUUUGCCACUGUGGUUGAAGCAAACUAUGUCACAAAGAAGCAAGAUCUCUUUUCUGCUUACAAACUUACUCAGGAAGACAAAGAAGAGAUAGAAAAGUUGGCCAAAGACUCCAGAAUAGGAGAAAGGAUUGUCAAGUCCAUUGCCCCGUCAAUCUAUGGCCAUGAAGAUAUAAAAACUGCAAUAGCUCUUGCUAUGUUUGGAGGCCAAGAGAAAAAUGUUGAGGGGAAACACCGAUUGCGAGGGGACAUAAAUGUACUGCUCCUAGGUGAUCCAGGCACAGCCAAGUCGCAAUUUCUCAAGUAUGUUGAAAAGACUGGGCAGAGGGCUGUGUAUACUACUGGUAAAGGAGCUUCUGCUGUGGGGCUCACGGCUGCAGUCCACAAGGACCCAGUGACAAGGGAGUGGACCCUUGAAGGAGGGGCCCUUGUUCUUGCUGAUAAAGGGAUUUGCCUUAUUGAUGAAUUUGACAAGAUGAAUGAUCAGGACAGGGUGAGUAUUCAUGAGGCCAUGGAGCAGCAGAGUAUUAGCAUAUCAAAGGCUGGAAUUGUCACUUCUCUCCAGGCACGAUGCUCUGUGAUUGCUGCAGCAAAUCCUGUUGGAGGAAGAUAUGAUUCCUCUAAAACAUUUUCACAGAAUGUUGAGUUGACGGAUCCCAUUGUUUCUCGUUUUGAUAUCCUCUGUGUUGUAAAGGAUGUUGUUGACCCUGUCAUUGAUGAGAUGCUUGCAAAGUUUGUAGUUGAUAGCCAUUUUAAGUCACAACCCAAGGGUGCUAACAUAGAUGAUAAGUCUCUGGGUGAAUCCGACGAAGAUAAUCUAGCUUCUGCCAGGCCAGUUGAUCCUGAGAUACUUCCUCAAGAUUUGCUAAAGAAGUACAUUACUUAUGCCAAGUUGAAUGUAUUCCCAAGGUUGCACGAUGCUGAUAUGGACAAGCUCACACAUGUUUAUGCUGAACUGCGAAGAGAAUCUUCGCAUGGACAAGGAGUGCCUAUAGCAGUGAGGCACAUAGAAUCAAUGAUACGGAUGUCUGAAGCACAUGCCCGAAUGCACCUUAGACAGCAUGUCACACAAGAAGAUGUAGAUAUGGCAAUUCGUGUCCUGCUUGAUUCGUUUAUUUCAACCCAAAAGUUUGGGGUGCAGAAAGCUCUGCAAAAGAGCUUCAGAAAGUACAUGACUUUCAAGAAGGAUUACAAUGAACUGCUCCUGUAUCUUCUUCGUGAGCUUGUCAAGAAUGCCCUGCACUUUGAAGAAAUUGUCACUGGGUCUACUUUAGGGCUUGACCACAUUGAUGUGAAAGUAGAGGAUCUGCAGAGCAAGGCACAGGAACAUGAAAUCUAUGAUCUAAGACCCUUCUUUACUAGCCCCCACUUUGCUAGAGCCAAUUUCAUGUUAGAUGAAGACCGGGGAGUGAUUAGGCAUCACCUUGCAAGAUGAUUAACAAAGUAUUCCAUGAGUUCUACAUACUACAUAGGUAGGAUAACUGGUGGUAGAUGCCAGAACUACUUUUAGCAAUCAUAUAUAACCCGAAUGUACUGUUGCGCUAUCAGCUUGAGCAGAGAAGUACUAAACAGCCGAGUUCCAGAUCUGAAAUUUCCUCCUGGCUGCCUUUGGAUGCACACCUAUAUUUUUAAACGUGGUUUAAAUUGUGGGGGUAGUAGUUAUAAUUAAGAAACGUAUGUUUUUCUUCUUGGAGAGUUGUUCACUAAUUGAUGGGGAUUACCGAGUGUUGCAGGCAAGAAUGGCUUUUUAUUUUUUUAUUUUUAUUAAUUUUUUUUCCUUUGUAAAUGCAAUCAUUGCACUUGAGUUUAGAAUUUUUUGUUUUUGAAUCCCCUAGGUACAGUUUCUGUUUUUGCCAAGUUUACAAGGACAAAGUUUGUGGUA